CACUUUCAGCAGCUUUUUCAAACUCCAGGUUCUUGGUCAGAGCAGCACCACCUAUGUCAUUCUAAACUCGGCCACCACCAAGCAACAACAUCUUCACCCUCGAGAACCGACCAUGGAUACGACACCUAGCUGUCGUCACCACCAUCGUCGCUGAAAGCAAAAAGAAACAGGGUCCCUUCCUCCGUCGACAGUAUGAAUUUCAACAAUGUCUUCUAGCGCUACGACGACCCAGCUGGGCCGCCAGUUAUGGUCUUCCAUACGCGAUCCUCACGUCACCUCGACUCUCUUCACAGCCGCGAUACUGCUUCCAACAUGUCAGCCAUUACUUAGCCGUCACCGCGUUGGCCUCGGCCACUGGAAUUUGUUUGGGACACAUCAACAAUACGGACAACAGCAGAGCACGCGACAAUUUACCUCUUCCGCAAGUCGCUUUUUCUCCCCAGCAACAAAGUCGCAAAGACUACACUAUCAACAGUCACAACCAUCCCAUAAUGUCCGACGAAGCUGUACCUCCGGAGGUCUACUCCUCCUUGGGCUCACCACCAGCCCCUCUCCAACGAGUGCGGUAGAGGCGUCCGCACUAUCCGGCAAUGCCGCGCAAAAGGCAAAAAUGAGCCACCUGGCUCGGCAGGCUCUGCUCUUGCGAAGGAUACGAAACAUCACAACCGCAACGAUAUGUAUAGCAGGAAAGCGAUAUCAAAGUUCUGGCAAAGAGACCAAGGGCGACCAUGACGAGACCAAGGCCGAAGCCAAGGCUUCUACAACGUCUCCUCAGCAAAAGUCCGAGCAACCACAGCAACUACCGCAUACCGAGACGACUUCCGGUCCUGGUCCCCAUCCGACUCCUGAGCAUGAAUCACUAGCAGAUUCCAUGUCCAAAUACCUCCACCUUCCUCACCUCCCCCAUCUGCCCCAUCGACCAACAAAAGAGGAGCUUCUGGCGGCAGCAAGCGGGUUCUGGUCACGUCUCAAGGUCCGGUUCAAGUGGUUCUCCAUCAGGAGUAUGCGCCCCUGGAACGCCGACGAAUGGGGAGCGUUUGUCUCUUUCUUCUUGUUCGGUCACCUGGUCUGGAUUCUUGUGGGAACGACUACCUUCUUCUCCCUCAUCAUCCUCUUUAUCAACACGGUGUUUGCCCAGGAAACGCUGGCCAAGUGGAUCGGAGACUACCUGACCCAAUCUGCUGGACUUACUGUUGUCUUCGAGUCGGCUAUUGUGCCCAAGUGGGGAGAUGGUGUCAUCACUUUCCGCAAUGUCUUCGUUUCUCGGAGACCUGGUCAGCUCAAGUCUUCCGUCAAGAAGGGUUCUUCCGAAGCUGCGGCCGAGGCAGCGGCUGCUAAACAAGCCGCCGAGCAAGAAGGCACUGCCGUGGAAGAGGACGAUGGCAAUUACACCCAGUUCGACAUCACUAUAGACACCGUGAACGUGGCAUUGUCAUUCCUUAAGUGGUGGAACGGAAAGGGUCUCCUCAAGGAUGUCGAAAUUAAGGGUGUCCGAGGCGUUGUUGACAGGACUUCGGUUGUCUGGGGCAACGAGGACCUCAACCCCCUUGACUUCAGACAAGAACAUAACCCUGGCGACUUUGAACUGGAUUACUUCAAGAUGGAAGACUUGCUGGUCACCGUCCACCAACCGGGCGGUUUCCGGCCCUUCUCCGUGUCCAUCUUCUCCUGCGAGCUUCCUCAGCUACGGAAACAAUGGCUUUUCUACGACUUCCUCUCAGCAAACCAUAUGUCAGGCUCCUUCGAUGGCUCACUUUUCACCAUUCAUCCCAGACAGAUCCACGGUGUGUCCUCAGCAGACAACGGCCGUCACCACCAAGAAGAGUUCGGUUCUCCCUCGGCCUGGAAGAAAUUCUCCAGACUACGGAUUGAUGGACUAAAGAUCGACCACCUGAACCGCGGCGUCGAAGGUCCAUUCGGUUGGAUUUACGAAGGCAACGUGGACAUUGUCGCCGACGUCAUGUUCCCCUCGGACCCCGAUGAGGGUCUAGGCAAGGUCGUCGCCGAGUUCUACGACAAGAUGGAAGAAGCGGUAACCAGCAACCGCUACCUCAAGAUCCUAGACGGCAACAUCUCCCCCAACAGCCGUAUCAACACCGACAACACCAACACCAACAGCCCUACCCUCGAAAGCGGGCCAAUCCCCGACUCUGCCUCUGUCAUGGACCUCACCGGCCACCACGACGAGCUCCCCACCUCCGAACAGCACUUUCCCCCCUUGAUCCCUCCCGCGACCCCCAAGGAGCCAGCCCCUAUCGAAGAAACCCCCUCCUACCUUGUAAUGGACCUUCGAAUCCACCUCAACGACGUCCGCGCCGCUGUUCCGUUGUUCAACAACCCGCACAUGAGUUACGUCAACCAAGCCCUGGUGCGGCCCAUCGUCGCGUACAUCAACGCCAAGCGCACAUACAUCCCCAUCAGCUGCCGGAUUGUCAAGCGGCUGACGGACUUUGACGGGGCCUGGACCGUCUGGGAUUGUGGCCUGAUGGACGAUCUGGGUGCUGAAGUCUACUCGGCUUUUGCAAGGAACGUAGAGGAUCAACAAAGUCGGGUGAGGAGAUUCAAGCGCGUGGGACUCUGGACAGUUAGUCUGGUCGUGCAUGCGUUGUUAGCAGGCGUGGCGGGGGAUUUGGUUUGAGCUGUCAUUGAAUAUGACACUCACGAUAUAGACCUUUGGCCUGUGUUUACCAGGCGGAUAGAGGAGAAGUCCUGUUUGUGACGAUACGGAGUUGUACUAUCCUUUCUCUCUCUUCUCUACUUUACUGUUGGGGGUUAUCAAACCUUUCCAAGCGGUACUUUACUGUACUAUACAUACCUACAUAUAUGGCUCUGAAAAAAAAACAGGCGCACGAAGAAACAGGCAGGCAGGCAGACAGGUUAUGGUUAU